UAUAUAUACAAUCGACAUAUUUACAAUUUAUUUUGACGAGCAAGUAUAUUUUUGAAACCCAUAAAAUUAUUGAAAUGCCGCCGAAAAAGGGAAAGAAAUUGAAAAAGGUUAAGCAAUGGGAAAAGAAAUCAGAAUUAAUAUUCGAGGAAGGGACAGAUGAAACUGAUGUUCUAGAACUUAACUUAUAUACGGAUAUAAAUGAUAACUUCUUUAACGAGGCCAGCCGGAUUGUUCAGUUCUUAAUGGAGGCUGAGCGGUUUUUCGAGGCAUCCCGUAUUAAGCGGUAUGCUGAUAUAAUAUUUAAUUUACACCGUCGUUAUGUGGAGGAAGUAAAUGACAAUGAAGUGCUGCGUCCUCAAAUAAUUUCUACCGAAAACAAAUUGCGUCUGGCACUUGAUUUGACCGCAACAUCUGAAGAGGCUUUACAAAAACUAAGGGAUACCCUUGGCGACGCCUGGAAAGAGUCUGACGCUGCCGCACUUCGAGAACAGUUGGUGCAAGAGAAACUUCAAGAAGUUUUAAUAAAAUGUGAAGGGCUCGGCGAUCGAGACACUGGCAAAACGGAUGACGCAGCAGACUUUGUUUCUUAUAUAUUGAAUCCAACACUAGAAAAGAGUUGUUUCGGAAAAGAAAAUAGCUAUUAAAUCGAGCUACACUAAUGAUCCAAUUCAACACGUGAACUUAAAGUGGAGAGUGUACCAAUCGUUAGGUUUUAUUAUUUGACACUUUGAGGAGUGCAAGAUCGAUUUCCGUCUAAUUGCGUGCAAGAAUAAAUAAACCAAUCCUAACGAAGGAGGGGAGAACUACAUGAUGAUUCACACCGUCAUUAUAAGAUGCAUUAUUUAAGUGCACAUCUUAGAUUAUAUAGUAUACAAGAGUCGAGAUAUCCAAGUUGGUUUAUUUCGUGAAUGCUGUAAAGGUGAGGAUAGGAAAUUUGUCUCGGUAGUCUGUAAGCUACCUAUAUUCUUAAUAAGCUGUAGUAUUUUAAUCUAAGACUGUUUGAAAGCUGCUAUAUUUCAAGCUAAAUAAAAUGUUUUGUAAAUUGCAAGUUGGCUUGACAGAACUAUGCUUAACAUAAAUACAGAAA